GCGCGACGAGCGGAGGAUGCGGCCAAACGCCCUGCCUGCCCGGGCAUGAUGAAGGCGGAGGAGGGAGGGCGAUGUCUGCCAACUGCGAAGCGCUGAGUAGUGUUUUAGGACUGUGCAAGCGAGUCACACACGCGGAGGGACUCGGGGACCAGGGCCUUAUGGCGUCCGGGCUUCGGGAAUGCCCGAAGGAAGCCUGCUUUCCACUUAGCUAUGUUUUUAAAAACAUCUAGUCAUUCUCAUCGCUUGCCCACCCUCACCUCCCCAAACGCCGUUAGUUUCUCGACGCUUCUUCGAGGGGCUCAUCCCUCAUUAGCAACCCGAUGCUCUAGGCUUAGCGAGAGGAAAGGCAACCGCCCGGGCUCACGGUACUUGCUGUCAGGCAGCACCGCGGACACCUCUGCUCCACGGUGAUUGGUCGGCUGCGGGGGUCCUCGCGUUCGUCCAAUAUGGCGGCGCCCAGUGGCAGUGUGAACUGUGAAGAGUUCGCCGAGUUCCAGGAAUUACUCAAGGUGAUGAGGACAAUUGAUGACAGAAUAGUACAUGAAUUAAACACUACGGUUCCAACAGCUUCCUUUGCAGGGAAAAUCGAUGCCAGCCAAACCUGUAAACAGCUGUAUGAGUCUUUGAUGGCAGCUCAUGUCAGUAGGGACAGAGUUAUAAAGAACUGUAUAGCCCAGACCUCAGCAGUAGUAAAAAGUCUCCGAGAAGAGAGAGAAAAGAACCUGGAUGACUUAACGUUAUUAAAGCGACUUAGAAAAGAACAGACAAAGUUGAAAUGGAUGCAGUCAGAACUCAAUGUUGAAGAAGUGGUAAAUGACAGGAGCUGGAAGGUGUUUAAUGAACGCUGCCGAAUUCACUUCAAGCCUCCAAAGAAUGAGUAGAGAGAGAGAGAGUUUUUUAAAAAGACCUGGUCAUCUCAUCGCCUGGGCAUGACAGAUGUCAGCAGGGCCAGGUUCCGAGGGUGGUCUCUGAGCCAGCAGGCUGAGGCCUUUGGUUGGUUCAGCCCCAUUCAGCCAAGACCUCAAGUCUAAUUCUCAUAAUUAUAAAAUAAUCAAUUGCUAUUUUAUACUGAUCUGUAAAAAAUGUUUUAUAACUAUUAAAAUAAUUUUCUGACUCUGUG